AUGACACAUUUCAAGGUAUGGACUUGCAGUGAUGAAGAUGAUCAAUUCAUUUCUGUAGAAACACUAGAAACCGAGCCUAACAUUAAUGAAAUGCUCGCGGACUGGGCAGUUAGUUGUAAAAUAACAUUUAAUAGUAUGAAUCAACUGUUAUCAAUUUUAAAAAAACAUAAAUGUUUUUCUAAAUUACCUAAAGACAGCCGAACUUUAUUAGCUACACCCCAGUCAUCAAAUUUAAAAUAUAUUCGUAAUGUCGACCCUGGAAUAUAUCAUCACUUCGGUUUGGCUAACGGUAUAGUUCAGUGUUUACAAGACAGUUCAGUAAAUGAUUCAGUUAUUCAAAUUGCAAUAGGCAUCGAUGGAUUGCCAUUAUCUAAGUCUAGUAAUAGCCAACUAUGGCCUAUUUUGGCAUUUAUUAUGAACACAGACAACUUAAAACAAACAGUUUUUCCUGUAGGUAUUUAUCAUGGAAAUUCCAAACCUAAGGACAGUGAUGAUUUUAUGURUGAUUUUGUUAUGGAAGCUCGUGAAUUAUCUGAUAAUGGAAUUAUUAUUAACAACUUAAAAGUGUUUGUUUCUAUUAAAGUAAUUUGUUGUGAUGUCCCUGCUCGCUGUUUUGUGUUGAAGACAAAAUAUCACUCAGGUUUUAAUUCAUGUUCACGAUGCAUUAUUGAAGGGGAGUAUGUAAAUAAUCGUGUUUGUUUCCCAUAUUCAAAUAUAUAUUCUGCACCAAGAACUGAUGAUGACUAUCGAAAUUGCAGAAAUGAAGAAUAUCAUAAUUCACCAAUGCCUUCAAUAAUUAYCAAGUUACCUAAUUUUGAUAUUACAAAAUCUUUUGUUUUAGAUUAUAUGCACCUCACAAAUUUAGGAGUAAUGC